AUAAAUAACAAUUAAAGAAAGAAAAAAAACAGCUAAAACAUACCGCCCGUCCCUUUAUUGUCUCUCCUUUGUAUCAACCAAUUACGGAUCCUUAAUUUUUUUUGUCCCUUCCUUUUCUAGCUUCAAUUUCAAACCCUAAUUUUUCAAAUUCUUGACUGAAAAAGAUGGGAUUAUGGGAAGCUUUUCUCAACUGGAUACGAAGUCUCUUUUUCAAGCAAGAAAUGGAGCUGUCUCUAAUAGGACUUCAGAAUGCUGGGAAGACUUCUCUUGUAAAUGUUAUUGCGACUGGUGGAUAUAGCGAAGACAUGAUCCCAACAGUUGGAUUUAAUAUGAGGAAGGUUACAAAAGGCAAUGUCACAAUAAAGUUGUGGGAUCUCGGAGGUCAACCACGAUUCCGCAGUAUGUGGGAGAGAUAUUGUCGUGCAGUUUCGGCCAUUGUAUAUGUCGUGGAUGCUGCUGAUUAUGAUAAUUUAUCUGUCUCAAAAAGUGAACUGCAUGAUCUUUUGAGUAAACCGUCACUGAGUGGUAUCCCUUUGUUAGUACUGGGAAAUAAGAUUGACAAACCAGGAUCCUUGUCUAAGGAAGAUUUUAUGGAACAAAUGGGGCUUAAGUCCAUCACCGACAGAGAAGUAUGCUGCUACAUGAUCUCAUGCAAGAACUCAACCAACAUCGAUACAGUUAUUGACUGGCUUGUAAAACAUUCAAAAUCAAAGAAUUGAGCAUCAGUUCCUGUACUUUUCAGCUUUCGCAGCCACGAUUUUGAGUUGCUAGUUAAAGUUCGUCUGCUGUGUCUAACUGGGUUAUCGAUGUCUGACCAUUGUCUUUCAUUUUAUCCUGUGGGCUCUAGUUAAUGUAUGUAUCAUUUGAGUUCACGUCCAAGUGUUAUUGACACACUAGUAAUGUUUGGUUGCGUACUGGUUUGAUUUUUAUGGACAAAUAUUAAUCAAUUAGUGUGAUUUCCUAAAACAAACUUGCGACAGUGAUUUUCAAUGAAUAAUGGUCUUUGCCCGUAUUGGCAGUUUUGUA